GUUCGACCUUGAUCUGUCUAGAUGGUGACACCAGCCUAGCAUUCUCGAUAAAUCAUUGCCCAUGGGACCCAUAUGUUCCUUCCUCUUCCCCUUCGAACUCACACAUCUGUCUAGUGUUCUUACACCUUAGAUCUUUCUUCUUCUUCUUCUUCUUCUUACCCUUUAAUGGUGGCUGUCUUUCUCUUCUCUCAUCUCCUCUCAUGCCCGCUGGAUCUGUUACCAUUCUAUAUUCAGUCACCCAUUACCAUUAUUUAAUUUCCUAUACUUAUGUAAAAGAUUAUAGUCUAGUCUAGUAUACUCUACUCUAAUAGAAUCACAAUCACUGUUUCCAGUCUUCACAAUUCUCCCCCAUCCUUUGGGAGUCGGAUUAGCAAAUCCCAUAUAUUCAAUUGGGUUUUCUUUCACCACCCAUUAUCUCCCUUGUACGUAAUUCAAUUGGGUUUUCUCCCCCAUCUAUUCUCUGCCGAUGACAAGGCAGAAGAUGCACAUGAAGGGGCUAGUAAAUUUGUUUCAGCUGGUGCUGUUUAUUGUUAUAUUUGUGGCCUUAAGCAAAUGUUUGAAGGCUGAUGUAAGUGAAGAAGUUAAAGGAGAAUGUGAAUUAGCUAAGCCUUUGAAGCCUAGACAGCAUAGUGUAUCAAUAUUAGAGUUUGGGGCAGUUGGGGAUGGGAAAACACUCAAUACAGUAGCCUUUCAGAAUGCCAUUUUCUAUGUUAAGUCAUUUGUUGAUAAAGGCGGUGCUCAGCUCUAUGUUCCGGCUGGGAGAUGGCUCACGGCCACCUUCAAUCUCACUAGCCACCUUACACUCUUCCUAGAAAGAGACGCCAUCAUUCUUGGAACACAGGAUUACAGUCAUUGGGAAAUAGAAGAACCUUUACCUUCUUAUGGCCGAGGAAUCGAGCUGCCUGGUCGACGUUAUCGUGGUUUGAUUACGGGUUAUAACUUGACCGAUGUGGUCAUAACAGGCGAUAACGGGACUAUUGAUGGCCAAGGCUCUCUAUGGUGGGAGAAGUUUAGUUCCGGUUCAUUGAAUUUCAGUCGUCCUGAUCUGAUAGAACUGGUUGAAUGCAAAGGAAUUGUCAUAUCGAAUACGACUUUUCUAAAUGCGCCUUCUUGGACUAUUCAUACUGUUUAUUGCAGUGAAGUGUUGAUUCAAAACAUAACAGCCUAUUCUCCUCCUUACUCUCCUUACACUUCUGGAAUAGUACCAGAUUCUUCGGAUCAUGUUUGUAUCGAGGAUAGUAAUAUAACUACAGGUUAUGACGCCAUCGUUCUCAAGAGUGGUUGGGAUGAAUAUGGGAUUUCGUAUGGAAGACCGACAACGAACGUUCAUAUUAAAAAUAUGCACCUAACGUCUUCCACUGGAUCGGCUGUAGCUAUUGGCAGUGAGAUGUCAGGAGGAAUCUCAUAUGUUCAUGCGGAGGAGCUUACGAUUUAUGACUCGUUUGUUGGUUUUUCGGUUAGGACUUCGAAAGGAAGAGGCGGUUAUAUUCAAUACUGUCGUGUUAAGAAUGUUGUGUUGGAUAAUGUUCGGCUGGCGAUUGAGGCAAGUGGUCAGUUUGAAUCCCACCCGGAUGGGGGAUAUGAUCCUUCUGCUCUUCCGGUUGUGAAUGGAAUAACUUUUGAAAAUCUAUUUGGUAACAAUAUUACGGCUGCAGGGGUAUUUUUGGGUAUUGAUGGAUCUCCUUUCACUUCGAUUUGUCUCUCGAAUGUGUCUUUAUCGGUUUCGGACUCUUCUCCUUGGUUAUGUUCUGAUAUAUCGGGUUUCUCUGAGGCUGUUUCUCCUGAACCGUGUGAUAAUCUUAAGAGCACAAGUACGGCGUGCUACUUUCGCGAGCAAAGUCGUAAUCCAAUUGCUGUUUUAUAGUAAAACCGAUUCAACGCCACAUUUCCACUUCAAAUUUAAGUUGUGGGGAGUUCAUGAAAAUAAGUGAACUUUUUUUUUCUUCUCAAAUUCAUGCAUUUGUUACUUUGUUCUUGUGUAUAGAGAUUUUCGUGUUAGUCUUGUGUGAAACCCUUUGGUACAGUUUUUUUUACACUUGUAUGUGUGUUUUUUUUUUUUUUUUUUUCAUUUAUAGGGGUUUCUAUUGCAUAUUUUAUGUUCAUGGCAACACAUUUCUUGAUUAAUGAAAAUAUUCUUAUGAUUUUGUA